CUGUAUUCCACUGAAGGCAAAAGCUGUACUACGUACUACAUACAACUAGCAAGGCAAGGCAAAACCGAAAAGACUUGAGUUUUUUUUGUUGGUUGCUUGUUUCUCUGUUCACCAGGCAGCAGCAGUAUAGUAGAAGAAAAUUUUAUAAAGUGAACGCGCUUCUGUGAACGAUUUUCUGUGUGUGGUGUGUUGGCUGUAGCAAAAAGAAAAAACAUUUUUAUAUACACAACCCAGAAGAAAAAUACAACAUAUUAGCCAAAUUGAAACGCAAUUUUCGCGACUAUUUUAUACGGAAUUCGUUAAAGUCAAAGUAAUAAAACACAAAAAACUAUCAAUAUGAGCGGUGAACGUCCAAAGAGACCUCUGUCAGCAUAUAUGCUGUGGCUGAACGAGAAUCGUGAACAGAUCAAAAAAGAUAAUCCUGGCAGCAAGGUCACAGAUAUUGCCAAACGUGGCGGUGAACUGUGGCGUGGCCUUAAGGAUAAGACGGAAUGGGAACAGAAAGCCAUCAAACAGAAGGAAGAAUACAACAAGGCAGUUAAGGAGUAUGAGGCAAAUGGUGGCACCGAUUCCGGUGCGCCAAAGAAGCGAAAGAAGAUUGCCAACAAGCCAGCGCCAAAGAAGGCCAAGAAGAAAGAUUCCUCCGAGGAAGAAGAGGACGAUGAGAGCGAGUAGAUCACACACACAUACCCAAAAACCAUCCACUCCACCACUUUCUCCUCCCUCCCACUCCACAAUACAAACAAAUAAUACAAAGAAAAAUCUUUGCAUCAGUUUUAAAAUACAUUUUAUUAAUGUAAUUUUUUAAGUAAAAAAUGAGCAAGAAAAAAAAUUAAGAAAAUUAUACAAAAAAAUAUACAAUCCUUAAAACUUAAACCAAACCUAAGAAAAAAGAAAAAUAAGAAAAAAAACCUCCUCCUCCCCCCAUAAAAAUAAGUUAAAUACAUAAUUUCCAGUCAAAAAACAAACAACAACAUUUUCUUUCUAGGUUUGUACGUAAAAACAUCUACACACCAUUCAUAUACACACACACUCAUACACAUACAUUUCUACAU